AAUUCACUUUCUUUGGGAUAUCGAAAAAAAUAUUUAAAUCUACACUGUGUUGAUAAUUUUCAAUUUUUUUUUCAUCUCAAUUAAGUCAUCACCAUUAUUUCCGCAAUGCCCCCAACUUUUCAGCCCGGCUGUUACAAAGCUUCCGCAAAAAAACAAAAAUAAUUGUCUUAGUAACGCACAUUAUAUAAAUCAUUGUAACAUAUAAUUGCAGCAGUUAAUCUGUUCACAGUUUAGCAACAAUUCAUAACGGAUAAUUGGCUUGUUUCGAAUGGACGCGUGUUGCGAAUUUUAAUAAAUUAAAAAAAAAAUCUAAACAUGUUUUUGUUAUUGCUGGGUUUGGCGGCUAUCGUGUUUGUAAUCUACAAAGAGUUGUGGCGUUGGAGGAUGCAACAAAAAAUGGGGCAUACUCAAGGACCCAGAGUGCUGCCUGUGGUGGGAAAUGGUCAUCAGUUGGGAAAAAGUCCAGAAGAUCUACUCAAUUUCCUCUUCGACUCAUUUUAUAAAUACGGAAACUUUCAAUUGUGGAUCGGCUACUAUCCGAAUAUUGUGAUCACGGAUAACAAGGAUAUUGAGUACAUCCUUUGCAGCAAUAGCCUGACGGAAAAAUCAGACAUGUAUGAUGUCCUGCAGAUAUGGCUUGGCGAGGGUCUGGUCAACAGCAAUGGCUCGAAAUGGCAUCAGCGCCGCAAGAUGAUAACUCCGUCGUUUCAUUUUAAAAUUUUACAAGAUUUCCAUGUUGUUAUGAAUUCAAAUGCCGGAAAAUUCGUGGAAAAACUCAGGGCGAGAGCGGAGGGUGGACGAAUAUUUGAUUUUCAAAAAAUGGUGCACAAUUUGACGCUGGACAUUAUGUGUGAGACGGCCAUGGGUGUGCCCAUCAAUGCCAUGGAUAACCCCAAUUCGGAAUUUGUCAAGGCUUUGGAUUUAAUUGCCGAAAACUGCCUGCUGCGAAUGUUCAAUCCCAUCAAACGCAAUCUAGACAUCUAUCGGUUCUUUCCCGAGUGUAAAAGGCUAUACAGGGCUCUGGAUGUUUUCAAGGAUUUUAUCUAUAAUAUUAUCGAAAAACGCAUGAAAAUGCGUUUGGCAGAAAAUUCCCAAUUAGACUCGGCCAUACCAAGUGAUGACUCCGCUAAACCUCGCCAUGCCUUUUUGGACACUAUGCUUUCGGCCACAAUUGAGGGACGUUCCUUGACCCGUGAAGAAAUUUACGAAGAGGUGUCCACUUUUAUGUUUGCGGGCCAGGAUACGACCAGUUCCGCCCUGAGCUUCGCAGUGUUGUUACUCUCACGACAUCUGGAGGUCCAGAAGAAAGUCUAUGAGGAACAACAAUUAAUAAUUGGUGAUGAUUUGAAACGCGAUGCAACAUUUCAGGAAUUGAGUGAAAUGAAAUAUCUGGAUAUGGUGCUGAAGGAGACGUUGCGCAUAUAUCCCAGUGUGCCGCUUGUGGCCAGAGCUGUCAAGGAGGAUAUUGAAAUAAAUAACAAAUUCAUACCCAAAGGCACCACUUUGCUGCUAUUUCUCAUGUCCUUGGGUUAUAACGAAGACAAUUUCCCUGACCCCUAUCGAUUUGAUCCGGAACGUUUCAGCGGCCUGCGUGAAGAUCAAAGUACCUACAAUCCCUUCGAAUGUGUACCAUUCAGUGCUGGGCCUCGCAAUUGUGUUGGACAAAAAUAUGCAAUUUUAGAAUUCAAGACAGUCAUUUCGAAAAUUAUACGUAAAUUUGAAAUAUUACCAGCGUUGGAUGAUCUGAAAUCCGAAGAUGGUCGGAUUUCGACAUAUUUUGGGCCACACAAGAACGUGGGGACUCCUCCACAUAAAUACGAACCAAAAUUGGCAACAGUAUUGACACUGAAAUCAGCUAAUGGUGUAUUGAUACGUUUAAGGGAGAGAAAAUAAAAUAAUACAUUUAAUUAAAUAUAAUAUUAAAUAAAAUAUUUAAUUAAUAAAAAAAUAUGGAAAUUAAAUUACUUUAAGGGGUCAGAAGAGAAUUUUCGAAACAUUCCUAAUUUGAUUUUCAAUAUUUUUUAACCUUUUUAAUUCCUCAAAUAUUGCAGGUAAUAAUGAAACCUAAUAAUAAG